AAUUAUGCACUCUCUGUGUCUCUAUAAAAGGGAAUAGGAUCCUUUUUCUUAGCUAUCUUUGUGAAGGUAAAGCAAACAUAUAUAGAACCAGAUAAACUUUUGUUUGAAAAAAAUGAUGAUGGACGUUGAUAUCAUUUCAAGAGAAAUCAUCAGACCAUCAUCACCAGCAAUUCAUCAUCUAAAACCCUUCAAACUCUCUCUGUUGGACCAGCUCACUCCUACAACCUAUAUCCCACUUACCCUCUUUUACCCUAAGAACCAUACUCAUUCAACCAAUCACCUAAAAAACUCACUCUCAGAAACCCUAAAUACCUUCUACCCAUUUUCUGGAAGGAUGAAAGACAACCAUUUCAUUGAUUAUUAUGAUGAGGGCAUUCCAUUUACUGAGGCCCGAGUCAGUUGCUGUCUUUCUGACUUUCUUGAACAUCCUAAAACGGAGUUGUUAAACCAUUUUCUUCCUUUCCGCCCACUUUGCAAAGAACCAAACCCAAUGGAAACUGCCCAAAUAGCAGUACAAGUGAAUAUAUUUGAUUGUGGUGGAAUAGCAAUCGGUUUGUGCAUGUCACAUAAGAUCAUAGAUGGAAUCGCCAUGAGUGCUUUCCUCAACAAUUGGGCAGCCAGUGCAGGCGGGCACAGUAACAAAUUAGUGCAUCCUAAUUUUUCAGAGGCAUCAUCAUUAUCACACUUUCCCCCGCAAGAUAUAUUGCCUCAUAUUGUUGCACCUUUAUUAGAAAGGCUUUGGUUCAAUGGAAGCAAGUGCAAGACAGGGAGAUUUGUGUUUGAUUCCAAGGCCAUAGCUACUCUAAAGGCGAAAGCAAAGAGUGAACGAGUGCAAAACCCAAGCCGAACUGAAUCACUGUCUUGUUUCAUUUUUAAACACGCAAGAGCUGCUUCUAGAUUAACAUCUGGUUCUCCAAGGCCAUCUAUACUGGGCCAAGCAGUAAACAUCCGGAAAAAAACAAAUCCACACUUGUCGGAUUAUUCUAUAGGUAAUCUCAUUUGGUGGGCAUUAGCAGCCUAUGAUUAUAACUCACCAGAGUCGACAGAUCAGAUCGAGCUGCGUGGCUUGGUGGCAACCCUAAGAGAAACUAUUUCGAAAAUCAAUAGUGAUGUGAGCAUUCUGCAAGGUCAUGAAGAUUUAAAAGCCACGAUCGAGUACCUAAACCAGAAAGCUGAAAUGUUACUAUUCUCCAGAGAAAACCCAGAUUUUUUCGCUUUCAGCAGUUGGUUGACGUUCGGAUUAUAUGAUCUCGAUUUUGGAUGGGGAAAACCCAUUUGGACAGGGAUCCAUGGGGAAGUUGAUUCGGGGUUUAUGAAUGUCACUGUACUUAAAAAUACCAUCUCUGGCAAUGGGAUUGAGGCAUGGGUGUCCUUAGAUGAAAAAGCUAUGGCUAUCUUGGAGCACAAUCCUGAAUUCCUUGCCUUUGCUACUUUAAACCCAAGUGUUUUAAGCCAAUGAGGCGAAAUCUUUAUUCGUCACCUCCUGCAGAAUUUUUGCGAAUUAGAGAAACCUGGUGAAAGAGAUUCCCAACAAGCAGAUAAUCCACAGCUAUAGGGAAGCUAACCAAUGCGCUGAUGCGUUGGCCAAGAUUGGAGCUAAUAGCCUAGACUCUUUUGUAAUUUUUUUGUACCCGCCGCCUGUGGUGGAUAUUUUGUUAGCGGCUGAUAAAGCUUGCGUUCGUUGUAACAGAAUUAUAAAUUCCUAAGUUUAAUGAUAUUUCUUUGUUGACCAAAAAAAA